GGGUGAGGGCGGCGCGCGGCGGUAGCGCGGAGGUGAUGGGCGGCCCCGCCGCGCGCCUCCCCUCAGCAGGGCGGCUGCGCGCCCGCCUGCUCUGGCCCGGGUGGCGGCAGCGGGGUCGGGCUGCACCGGGGACUGGCUGCACCGAGGACUGGCUGCACCGGCCGGGGCGACGCGUCUGGGCUGCGCUAACUCGCUGUACUUGCAGACUAACUGGAUGCGAUUUGUGCCAUGGUGUUUGCGGUAGUGAACUGCUGGAAGUGACCUGAAGUAAAGGCUUCUCAUUAGAAGAUCUGUACUUGGUAGGACCAGGUUUGUCAAAGCUUCUUCCCUCCAUUUGCAUGUGCACUGGAAUAGUGGCUGUUCUAAUAAUUGCAGGAGUUAAACUGGCCUCCCGCAAACAUGGCAGACGAGGACCUUAUUUUUCGUAUGGAAGGAAUUGAUAAUGCUAGAUUGACUACAGCUAACUCUGGAAAUUACCUUGAUGCUGAUAGUGAUGAUGAAGACAAUUAUUUUAUCUGUCCGAUAACUGAUGAUCCUGUUUCUAACAAGUCUGCCAGUAUAAAAGAUGGCAAUUAUUAUAGCACCUUAGCAAAAACUGAACAGUAUGGUUCAAGCUCUUCUCCUAGAAACUCGUUUAGCUUUAAGAAUGACACACAGCAUCGUUCUAAGCACGGCUCUGUGGUUGACCAUAGUCGGGAAACCUGGAAACAUGCAAUUCAGAAAGCUAAGCACAUGCCUGAUCCAUGGGCAGAAUUUCAUCUUGAGGACAUUGAGACGGAACAAGCCACUCGUUACAGGUACAAUGCAGUUACUGGGGACUGGGUUGAAGAUGAAGUCCUCAUCAAGAUGGCUUCACAACCUUUUGGCCGUGGAGCAAUGCGAGAGUGCUUCAGAACGAAAAAGCUGUCCAACUUCUUACACACACAGAACUGGAAAGGUGCCUAUAACUAUGUUGCCAAGCAAUACAUAGACAGUGUGGGCAGGGAUGUGUAUUUUGAGGAUGUCCGACUUCAGAUGGAAGCAAAACUCUGGGGAGAAGAGUACAACCGGCACAAGCCACCAAAACAGGUGGAUAUAGUGCAGACCUGUAUUAUUGAAAUGAAGAACAGACCUGGAAAGCCUCUUUUUCAUCUGGAACAUUACAUUGAGGGCAAAUACAUCAAAUACAACUCAAAUUCUGGAUUUGUGCGAGACGACAACAUUCGUCUUACUCCGCAAGCCUUUAGUCACUUUACGUUUGAGCGCUCAGGACACCAGCUGAUUAUUGUUGAUAUCCAGGGAGUUGGAGAUCUUUACACGGACCCUCAGAUCCAUACAGAGAACGGUACAGAUUUUGGAGAUGGCAACCUAGGUGUUCGAGGUAUGGCCUUGUUCUUUCAUUCACAUUUCUGCAACAAGAUUUGCAAAAGCAUGGGGCUUGAACCAUUUGAUCUUUCACCCAAAGAGAAAGAUGCCUUGGAUUGUAAUAGAAAGUUGCUUGAAUCUGCUCAAACAAUUCUCCGUGGCACAGAGGAAAAAUGUGGCAGCAGCCGGGUGAGAACAGUCUCUGGUAGUCGACCUCCUCUGCUGUUCCGCCUGUCUGAAAACUCUGGCGAUGAAAGCAUGAGCGAUGUAGCGUUUGACUCUCUACCCUGCUCUCCUUCCUCAGCAACCCCUCACAGCCAAAAGAUGGACAUGCUUAAUUGGCCUGUUUUCAAUGAAGUAGAUAACCUGGUUCACAGAGACUAUGAUCAGCUUGAUAACCAAAGGGAUUUUGAAAAUGGCGGAGACAGCGGAUAUCCCAGUGAAAAGAGAAGUGAGCUAGAAGAUCUGGAUCACAGAGAGAGGGCCCAUUCAAACAACAACCGAAGACAUGAAUCUGAUGAAGACAGUUUGGGAAGCUGUGCAAGGAUCAGCGUGGAGAAAUGGAAUCUCUACAACUCUUCCAGAGUCCACAUCCACAGACCAUCAUGUGUCGCCCAAGAAAUUCAGAGGCUCAAUGCACUGGAACUCGAAAAGAAAAUUGGGAAGUCAGUCCUUGGGAAGGUUCAUUUGGCCAUGGUUCGCUAUCACGAAGCUGGGCGUUUCUGUGAGAAAGACAAGGAAUGGGAUCAGGAGUCGGCGCUGUUUCACCUGGAGCGUGCUGCAGACUGUGGGGAGCUGGAGGCCAUUGUUGGCUUAGGACUCAUGUGCUCUCAGCUGCCACAUCACAUUCUUUCUGAGGUCACCCUGGAGGACACAAAGGAGAACAGAAAUAAAGGAUUUGAUUACUUGCUGAGAGCAGCAGAAGCUGGAGACCGGCCUUCCAUGAUUCUGGUAGCAAGAGCGUAUGAUACAGGUGUAAAUCUUGGCUCAGACAGAGUACAGGAUUGGCAGGAGGCGCUUUACUGGUACAAUGCUGCACUGAACAUGACUGACUAUGAUGAGGGAGGUGAAUAUGAUGGCACCCAGGAUGAGCCUCGGUAUCUGCUCCUGGCCAGGGAGGCAGAGAUGUUAAUGAUGGGAGGAUUCCACCUGAAUAAGGAUCCACAGAGAUCAGGUGAGCUGUACACAGAAGCAGCAGAAGCAGCAAUGGAAGCCAUGAAAGGCAGACUGGCAAAUCAGUACUAUCAAAAAGCAGAAGAAGCUUGGGCGAUGAUGGAAGAAUGAUACCACAAUUAAACAGCUUUUGUAUAUAUAUAUAUAUAUAUAUAUAUAUAUUUUUUUUAUAAACUUGCUGCAUUUGCAGCUAAAAAGAUGUAUUUUUGUGUGGUGGUACCAGAGGUUUUUUGUAUUUUAGUUCUCUAAUUUUUUCUUUUUGAGAGGAGAAAUCCAAAUGUAAGUGGUAUGUAGGGUGCCAUAGUGUUACUUUUGCUAGUGUUUUAAAGCUGUAAUACAGACACACUUGACCUUUUGUAUUUUUUUUUGUUAGAACUGAGCACCCUAGAUUUUUUUGACAAAACAUGAGGCUGAUGUUUUUUUAGGUUUUAUGUGUCCUGUUUUUCACACAGCAAAUGUUCAGUCUGUUUACAUUUUUCUUCUCCUCCCUGCAUUUUUCCUAAAUUUUCAUUAAUUUUCAGCAUUUCUUCAUAAUUUUUAGUGUAUCACACCAAAUUUGCAUGUGAAUGUAAAAUUUUGGUUUAAGCAUGCGGCAUCCCACUCUAUCACAGUGGUGUCCUUGGGCACUUCUGUUAUCCUUCUCAAACAAAUCCCAGAUAGAAUCCUUACAGUUUGGGGAGGGCUGGGGAAGAUAUUUCAGACUGGCAGUGAGGAUAUUCACAGUGAAAUAUGUUUUAUUCAUUACCAACAUUGCAUAUUUUACCAUCAGAAAAUCACUGUUCCUGAUGAGGUGAGGCAUCCAGCUACCUCUCUCAUUUUCACAUUUUGCACCAUAUAGUAACCUAGUUGUAUAAAAUUUUACUGAUCUUAUAUUAUAUUUGUCCAAUGAUGUAUAGUAGCAAGAUCUGUAAUAUAUGGGUAAUUUGAAGUUAUUUUUACAGUGAUAUCUCAAUUCUCAGUGAAACUAGAUCAUCUCACUUGAAAUGAGAAUACGCUUCCAACCUUUCCAGAGGGAUGUUUGAAAAGGUUAGAGGAUUUUAAUUCACCUACUUCUAUAUAUAGAGUAUAAUUGAUCUGGUUUAAAUAGCUUUUAAAAUAGUGUUUUAUCUGCAAAUAGUUUCAAAUGCUAGUUAGAGAAAAUUGCUGGUUAAAAGGAAGAAAUUAAACACUUGAAUUUCUGUGUCCCAUUUGCAUAAACCUAACCAGUAAUGGCAGGACAAAUACAUGGUGGUGGUUGGAUUAUCAUGGCACAGUGGUAAGUUUCUUCCAAAUCCAGUAUUUUAUUCCAAAGCUCCUGUGCCAUCUCUAUGGAUAGUACAGAAGCUGUUCCUAUUCCUUGGUUGUGGUUAACAGUCAUUUUGCAGGAGAUUAAGAUGGAAGCUUUGGCCUUCUUGGCCUUACAUUCUCCUAAGGCUAUAAAUUGAUAAUAAGGGGCAGCCCCUAUGAAGUGCUGACUGACCUGUACUGCUCACCAGCUGCAUUUUAGCCAAGCAUUUAAAAGUCUGCUUAAAACUAAGCAGGCUGCUAGAUUAUGGAGUUGAUUUCAUUGGGACUUCUGCAUGCAUAGCUAAGUAAUAGUAGUUUUUUGUAAAAUGUAGAAAGUGUUUAUGGAACAGAAAUCAGUUCUUCCUUUCCUGUGUGAGUGCCUGUCACUGAGCUCCAAAGUUAUGCUCCCCAUUUACUCUCUUUCUGGCAAAUGGGUCUUGAAUUAAUGUUUAAACAAUAUCCAAGCAUGAUGUUAGCAACAGCUGCCACUGUCUGGGAGGUGAUGUCCUAGUGGUUAAGUCAGUCAGAUGGGAUGAUUUUAAUCCUUUCUAGGAGAGAAGGAUGUCAUACUUCUGGGUGGGUGCUGUAACCGCCAGGCAGUUGUAGCCAUGAGUGGCUUUGCCACACAUGGCAGCAUCUCCUUGCUGUAUAAUGCGGGGGGGUGUGGGGAAGAAGUACUCACGGCCUUUUUAAAUUUUGUUUCUUGUUUUGAGAGUGAAAGUGAAGCUCUUCACCCAUUAAUGGAGGAAUGUCUAAUUUCUAGAUCUCAGUUGGGCUCAGGUAGAUAUAAAGUUAGGUACUAAAAUAACCAAAUUUGGGGGGCCUCAUAUUAUUUGGGCCUAAUAUGCUGACAGAUAACUAGACUUUGUAGGCUCGCAGGUCAGACGGGUGUGUUAAGUGCCUUUCCAAAGUUCUGCUUUAGGUGCUCAAAACCUCUUCUGGAUGGAACUUUUUCAGUUCAUAACAUUAUAAUAUCAGCUCUCAAUUAAAGGUGAACAGUCAGAGUGUUUUGUGCAGAACUGAUACAGUGUAGGCACUAUAACAAAUUCAGACAAAAGGCUUUGUUUUCCCUCAUAAGGUGUUGAUGCCAAUUCUUUGCUUCCUUCCAAGGAAGAUCUCGUGUGUAACACCACCACCAACCGUGUAGGGAGGAGGUUGGAUGUGCCCAUCCAAAAUGUGUAAGUAAGGGACGUAGAGUGUAAUUACUGACGCUUUUUGGUGUAAUUUGCUAAAUUUAUCAGUUGCUGAAGUUGCUGACACUUCUCUGUAGAUCUGGUGUGUAAAUGUAUGCACAGCUCAGUGAAAAAGUUAUUUGCCAACAAUGUUUUAAUUAUACUACUUUUUUUUUUUAGUGAUGUGGACUACCUUCUGUCCUUAGGUGAUAUUAUAUAGCUAUACAAUAAAUAGGACUGUCGAUAAAUUGAAAAUGGAAAUUGUUUACAGAAUAUGCACAACUUCUAUUGUAUUCUUUUGAAGAUGAAACCAAUAUAUUUGACAGACUUGUGAAAUGAUAUUGCUAUAUGCUGUAUUUUUAAUCUAUUCACAAUGAAUAAAUAAAAAUCUAUAUUUAAAAAAAAAAAAAGUGAAAAUAAAUCUGAGGCUCAGCCUGACAGAACUUAGCCAGGUUUAGUGUUUCUGGAUGUCAGUGGGAAUAUUGCUUGGGAAAGGACAGCGAGAUGGAAGCCUUUGUAUAUCAGACAUGCAGAUACUGAUUGCCUGCAUCGCUUGGUCCUCCCAUUCCCUUUGUCUGGUUUCAUUGUGCCUGGUCAAUAAAGUUGUUCUUUUUUGUCA